AUGGUAGAUUUUACAAGAGAAUUUUACGAUUCUGAUCCAUUGCCUCGAACGAGCUGGAAGCCAUUUUCACCAACAUCUUCAUAUGAUUCCUGUAUAACAGAUGAAGGAUAUCACACCGAUGAAAAACCAUAUCAAAACAACAAUCAUCAUCAACAGCAAAACAAACAUGACAACGAGAUACCCAUUCUAAAAAGCAACCGCAUUAUUCAAAUAUCCUAUUCACCAUUGACUUAUACCCUCACAUUAUCUAUCAUCGUACUAUCUAUUCAUACUAUUUUGCUACAGCCAUUUCCAUGGGGACAUACAUUUCCACCUAUCUUUGUUUUAUUCCAUUUAUUGUUCCAUGUUGCACACUUAUCAGCUCAUAUGUUUAGUUGGCUUCAACUGGAACGCCACUGUGUUGUUUAUGGCACAUGGCUGUAUUGGACUGGCUGGCUACUUGGCACCUUAUUGUUUUCUGAACGCCUGGCAGUGAAUAUCGCUCAUAAUGCUUCAACAACAAUUCUAUUUUGGCUCCUUAUGUUAGAAAGAAGAAAUGCUUGGGGCAUCAUUGUUUGGGAGUUUGUUAGUAGAUUAGAUCAAAAUCUAAACUCCUCGUCCUCUGCUGGUAGCAAUCUGGAAACAACAAGGCCUCUCAAGCUGUGGGAACUUGGCAGCUUUCGUCUCUUGGUCUUUCGCAUAUGGUGCUUACUAGGCACCGGUAGCUUCUGGGGUUUGUCCUAUAUUGGCCUAGCCAAAUUAGAUGGCUAUGCCUUCAAAUAUCUGCUACAAAUUCAUCACAUUAUGAAAUUGUUGCUGGUCAGCACAAUGGGUGGAUUUAUGAUGAUUAUCUUCUGGAGCUUCUGGACUUUUCAAUACAAAGGUGUCUUGUGGCAGAAGGAACUAAGGAAAGGUAUCAUUGUUUGGUACAGCGAAGGUGUUGCUCAUGCUGCCGAAGUUUUGUAA